ACACAAGACGUGUUGUCUUCCCGUGUUUACACUCCACUGUCUUCUGCUCCAUCUCCUGCAAAAUUUCGUCUUCUUUUUCAAUUUUCCUCCUCCUUUGUGUUUUGCUUUGUUUACGAUUUUCAAUACCAAUACAUUUACUUUAGUUUGUUAUAGUUGUUCAGGAAAAGGAAGAAAAAAAAGGUGUUGGGGAGUGAUAACUAUUGAAAGAAAAUGUGUGGUAUUUUAGCAGUUUUGGGUUGUUCUGAUGAUUCUCAGGCUAAAAGGGUUCGAGUGCUGGAGCUUUCCCGCAGGCAAAUAUUAUUUUUUUUCUUUCUUACGUUUUCACUUUUAAUUUCGGGGGUCUUUUUAUUUUAGCCUAUUUUGACGUUUGUGUCUCUAAAUACGUUGAUAAACAUUUGCAAAAUAGGUUUAAAUUAUCUCUCUCAUAUUGGCCUUGCAAAAACAAGAGGGAAAAACAAACAAACAUGGUUACUACUUUAAAGAUAGAUCAUCUCCAAACUUGGAGGAGAACUAUACCAAGGGUCUUGAAGCAAUGACGUUACUACUUUUGAAACAAAAGAAAGAGGAAAAUUAAAAUAAAAGAAGGUGGCACAGUGUGUUUUAGGAUGCUAAUAAAAUCAGAUAUGAAUUUUGAGAAUAUUAAGUUCCAUUAAAUAUGUCACUGCUGAUAAAUAUAUGUAUAUCACUACUUAGUCAGUGAUUAUUCACGUGGGGUGUGGGCCGUAAUUUAACGAUCAUCUGGCGAAACAAAUAGUGAUAAAAGAGAAAUAAUAAGCUGAAAUAGCUAUCGUUGGCUGAUGUAUGAACAGGUUGAAGCACCGUGGUCCUGACUGGAGUGGGCUCUAUCAACAUGGAGACAGCUAUUUGGCUCAUCAACGUCUUGCCAUCGUCGAUCCUGCUUCCGGUGACCAGCCUCUCUUUAAUGAAGAUAAGAGUGUUGCUGUCACUGUGAAUGGAGAGAUUUACAACCAUGAAGAAUUGAGGAAGAAGUUGGUAAACCACAAGUUCAGGACUGGCAGUGAUUGUGAUGUUAUUGCCCAUCUGUACGAGGAAUAUGGGGAAGACUUCGUGGACAUGUUGGAUGGAAUCUUCUCAUUUGUGCUGCUGGAUACCCGUGACAACAGCUUCAUUGUUGCUCGUGAUGCUAUUGGGGUCACCUCCCUCUAUAUUGGCUGGGGACUUGAUGGUUCGGUAUGGAUAUCAUCAGAGAUGAAAGGAUUGAACGAUGACUGCGAACACUUUGAGAGCUUUCCUCCUGGACACUUGUACACUAGCAAAUCAAGAGGAUUCAGGAGGUGGUACAACCCACCCUGGUUUUCCGAGUCCAUUCCUUCAGUUCCAUAUGACCCGCUUGUUCUCAGACACGCAUUUGAAAAUGCUGUGAUCAAAAGGCUGAUGACUGAUGUGCCUUUCGGAGUUUUGCUAUCUGGAGGCCUUGAUUCAUCAUUGGUUGCUUCUAUCACGGCUCGGUACCUGGCUGGUACCAAGGCUGCCAAACAAUGGGGAAGUCAGCUCCAUUCUUUCUGUGUCGGACUUGAGGGUUCACCAGAUUUGAAGGCCGCAAAGGAGGUUGCAGACUAUUUGGGCACUGUUCAUCACGAGUUUCACUUUACCGUUCAAGAUGGAAUUGAUGCGAUCGAAGAUGUCAUCUACCACAUUGAAACCUAUGACGUGACUACAAUCAGGGCGAGCACUCCUAUGUUUCUGAUGUCACGAAAGAUCAAGUCACUAGGAGUGAAGAUGGUUAUUUCUGGUGAAGGCUCCGACGAGAUUUUUGGUGGAUAUUUGUACUUCCAUAAGGCUCCAAAUAAGGAAGAACUUCACCGUGAAACAUGCCACAAGAUCAAAGCACUUCAUCAGUAUGAUUGCCUGAGAGCUAACAAAGCAACAUCAGCGUGGGGAUUGGAGGCUCGAGUACCCUUCUUAGACAAAGAAUUUAUCAAAGUUGCCAUGUCUAUAGACCCUGAAUCAAAGAUGAUAAAAAGGGAUCAAGGACGCAUCGAGAAAUGGAUUCUUAGAAAGGCCUUUGACGAUGAAGAGCGUCCUUAUCUGCCAAAGCACAUCCUCUACCGACAAAAAGAACAAUUUAGCGAUGGCGUUGGUUAUAGUUGGAUCGAUGGUCUUAAGGCGCAUGCCGCCAAACAUGUUACUGAUAAGAUGAUACUUAAUGCUUCUUACAUCUUUCCUCACAACACGCCAACGACAAAAGAAGCAUAUUACUACAGGAUGAUUUUCGAGAGAUUCUUCCCUCAGAACUCGGCUAGAUUGACAGUCCCUGGAGGAGCUAGCGUGGCAUGCAGCACUGCUAAAGCUGUUGAGUGGGAUGUUGCCUGGAAGAACAACCUUGAUCCUUCAGGGAGGGCUGCCCUGGGAGUCCACCUCUCGGCUUACGAUGCCGAGGCUCCUCUCAUCAACAACGUGCCAUCCAAGUUUAUCGAUAGUAUACCACGGAUGGUGGAAGUUCCAGGAGUUGCCAUACACACUUAGUACCUGCCUGCCUACUGGAGAGGGAUCGGAAUCAAUGAAAUCAAUAAGUGAUAGUAGUAUGUUGUGGCAUAUUCAUCAAAAUUCUCAUUUACUAAAAUACUUUAUGAUUGUUUGGAUCUUCCAUUCUUGUUGUUGCUUAUGUUUGAAUGUGUGUAACUGUUAUCAUGGAAGUCAAUCAGAUAUUUGAAUGUUUGUAACCAAA